GGUAGAGAAACCAAGAUAACGUUAGGGAAGGGCAGACAGAUAACCAGCUCAAGAAUAUGCUUAACAAAAUCUUCAAAAUUUUAAAUGAGCCUCUGCCGCGUUACGAAAACAAUAACAAAGCAGAAACCGUGCAAGACAAAGAAGAAGAAACAGGAGCAGUAAUUGAAGCUAAAGCCGAAUAUCAACAGCAAUUGCAAAGAACAACGCGGCAGCGACGCUGAAUCAUGCGCUGCGAAAAGUACGAAAAAGAAAACGACAGCAGCCGAAGGGGGCAGGCUAAAGGAAAAACAUAUAAAUUAUCAUAUACACACAGCAAGAAGAAGAAGAAGAAGAACAACAACAACAACAACGAAGACGAAGUGAACGGCGGCCGGCAACAGAGGCCGCAACGUUUUGAGGUUAAGUUACAAAAUAUCCAAAGAGAGCACCCAGAGCAGACGCAAAAGACAAGUGCAGCGUGCGAAACCGCAGCGCCCAACGGGGGCCUCACUCACACACGCACACACACACACGCGAGCAGUCGAUACAAAAACAAACAUAAAGAUAAACGCCAAAAAGAGACAUGUGAAAAACAAAAGCACGAGAACAAACAGCAUAAAAAGGAGCCCGAAGCGAGCGAUGCGCAAAGCAACUAAAAGGGGGGGUGUGGCAAGCGCAGCCGUGAAUAUU